UGUGUGUGUGUGUCAGAGACAGCGAGAGAGUGAGAGCGUGCUUGUAACAGGUGUACCCAAGAAAACAGGUAACCGCUCCUACUUUUGAGAAGCCAGAAUAUGGUGUGCUUGUGUCAAAGAAACAGAACAUCAUUUGUGCAUUUCACUAGGAAUCAAUGACUUUUCCAAAAUGCAGAGAAAGGAAUAGGCAGCACCUUUCACAUUGAGAGAGAACAACUUUCCAAAGGAUUUGUUGGAAUAAGAUAAGCCAACAACAACAAGCCAGACGUGGUCGGAUCAUAAAUGUUGGCUAAAUCUGAGGAUCUAUACUACUUCUAGCCUAGACGUUUUUUUUUACAUUCCUGUCUUGGAUUUGACACUGGAUGAAAGAAAGUUCACUGUUUGGGAUAAGAUCAUAAACGGAAGUUAAAAGGAAAUUGGACCAAUGUCACAACAAAUUCCAGCAUCAGAAUAGACCACAAACCUCUGUCUCCAGAUCUAUCAAGGCGGGCGGACCACUCCACCGAACCGGGGAGAAUGACACCACUGCUGUGGAUCCUUUGGAGUUUCAUCACUGUGGUGCAGGGGGACUUUGUGGAGCCCUCUCCCUCGUACACCUUGGACUCCCUGGCUGAGGCUGAGACCCGGCUGCCCUGCCAGUUCAAGGUGGAAGUGGGCCAGGUGGUGGUUCAGGUCACCUGGACCAAGGAGAAAGCAGAUGGCACCAAGGACCAGAUCAUCACAGUACACCACACCGACGGACACACAGAGUUUGGUCAGUACUCAGGGCGUGUGCGGUUCAGCAGCAGGAAACCCACUGUGGACUCAUCCCUGAUCAUCAUGAACACCGUUGAGUCAGAUGAGGGCAGGUACAACUGUCACAUCAGCACCUUCCCCUCGGGGAACUUCGAACGACAGCUGUCACUCACCGUGUGGACCACGCCCAUCUCCUCCCUGGACCCUGUGAUCCUUGUCGAAGGCCAGUCCUUCCAAUUGGCUGCAUCCUGCCGCUCUGUGGCCCGCCCUCCGCCCCACCUCUCCUGGGACACAGAACUACCAGGCCAAUCACACAACAGGAGUUUGGAGGGUGGUUCAGUCUCCACCCACUUCUCUCUGCAUCCCCUGAGGAGUAUGGAUGGGAAGAGGCUGGACUGUCUGGUGACGCACCCGGCUCUGAAGGGACCACGCAGGAUCACCAACAACCUGGUGGUGCACUAUCCUCCCAAUGCAGAGAUCUCUGGUUUUGAUCAGAACUGGUAUGCUGGUCUGGAGGAAGCUGCCCUCAGUUGUGUCAGUGGAGGAAACCCCAAACCACAGAGUUUCAAUUGGACCAGAAAGGGCGGAGACUUACCAGAGGGCGUGACCACAGGGAAUGGAUCCUUGCUGUUUAAUCGGCCCCUCGUCCUGACGGACGCUGGCAUCUACCAAUGUGUGGCCAUGAACUCUGUGGGGGCGGAUAACGCAGAGGUGGAGAUCACUGUGACAGAGUUGCCUCAGAAGCAGGCGUCGUUCGACAGUCUCCUGAUGGUAAUAGUGGGAGGAGUGGCCGGAGUACUGCUUCUAGUCAUGAUCAUCAUCGUCAUCUCUGUGACCCGUCACCACAAACACAAGAACAAGAAACUGUCGAGGGAACUCACUGUGAGGAAGGAGGAGAUCAGUACUCUCUCCAGACAGGCAUCUUUCAGGAAAAUGAACUCAGUCAGUAUGGACACUAGAGGACAGACAGAGGAGGAUAUCCCUCUCAGAGUGGAGGGGACACUGCGGACCAGUCUGUCCUCCGUAGUGGAGCAAGGGCGCAUUAGGGAGAGUCGAUCUACUCUGGUAGGGAGCGGGGGGCUAGACUACCUGGGUCGACCUGUUCUGUACAAUUCUUCACGAAGAGGGAGGGAGAGCAGAGCCAUGGACAGAGAGGAGGAGAACAGACUUAGGGUGGAGUCAAAUGAGCAGAACAGCACCAUGUCUUUGUCAAACCAUCUCCACCCCCCUCUCCAACCCUCUCCCUUCCCCAUGGAAAAGUCCGUCGAGCUGCUGAGGUCCCUGACCGGCAGUGCCAUCAUCCCAAUGGAGUGGGGUUUACAUAUACGACAGGGGCCCGGUAGCAGGAACACCCACUCCCCUCUCAGUUGCAACAAUCCUCCCAUCACAGACGACGAAGACGAGGAUGAAGGUGUGGAGGGGGAGUGGGAAACGUGCCCCAGGAUGAGUCCGUUGGAUCAGGGGAGGUCAGAAGACCAGAACAGCAAGACCAACAGUUCUCAGAUCUCAGAAGUAGAAUGUGGACUCAACCCUCACUUCCAGCAGAACAAUGGAACAUUGAGACCCAAACCGCUCCCCAAAUACCAGCCCAAUGGCAUCCUCCUCACCUCAUCACCACACGCCUCCUUCAUCCACAAGGCCCAGAUUGUAUAGGGCGGUAGGGCUGGGUAAGGGCCGGUGACAUAUUCUACGAUGAGGCACACUUUGCUACACAACACCACUCUAACAGUGCUUUGUAUGUGAUUGGUUGUGACUGUUUGGGUUACAAGGUCGUUGGUGGCAUACCUCGGUGGGGGCCAGUUUACCUACUUUUCACUUCUGAAAUAUACCUCCACCUUCGGCUCAAGCGCUCAGACAUUUAUGAUCAGCAAGUAAAGCUUCUUUCAAGAAAGACUCCUUGGCGUAGAGAUACAAAUAAGUAACACAUACAUAUCACAGGGGAGAAGCUGGACAUGUGUGAUGUCAAAUUAAAAGCACAUGAAUGUCAGGUUGGACAUAGACAGACCAAAGUAGUCUUUGUAUCACAGCAAUAAUAAUCCCUCCAGGCCCAGGAAGCAUCAAACUGAGAGGAACUAAAAGACUGCUGUGCUUUAUUAUUGUGAAGCUUUUUUGCUACAACGACUUGGUGACAGGACUAAGGUGCAAGAUUAGAAUAUCAACUACGCACCAAUAGAGCCUGCCAAGUGGAAUCCAUGUUGGCGAACUUCCACCCUCCUUCCUUCUAGAUGAGGAUACAUCCCGUAGUGUUCUGUUCACCCUAAGACGGAGUCCAUCUUUUUGACUUGACGUGUGGGAGGAGUUUAUCUGGAGAAUACCCCUCCUUGCCAUGAAACGUGGGUGUGCACAAACUUUGAACUCGCUGUAGUCUAAGAUGUCAAAAGCUGAAGACUGCAUUUUAGACAAGAGGUUCAAAAAAAGCAUCUGACACCUGAGCACAGUGAGAGCCUAUGUGUAAAUGUACUAGAAGUGGGAAAAUGUAUUGUUCUUCUAUUUUCUUACGCCACAGACAAGAUAACUGCAAUAUGCCUUUGUUUGUAUGAAUACAGUAAAAAUAGUCUUUGCUUUGUAGGCCAAAAUAGUAUUAUGUUUGAAUCUACUGUAUUAUAAUGAAUGACUUGAGUGCGGCCAAAAUGACACCUUAUUCCCUACAUAAUGCACUACAUUUGACCAGAGCCCUAUGAGCCCUGGGCAAAAGUAGUGCACUAGAUAGGGAAUAGGAUGUAAUUUCAUGCUGUACAUAAGUGUUUCUUUCAUGCCAUGUUCCUUGGAACAUCUUACUGUAUUUCACAGGUUUGUACACAUUUACUUGUAAUUCAGUGGAGGCUGGAGGGAGGAGCUAUAGGAGGAUGGGUUCAUUGUAAUGGCUGGAAUGGUAUAGAUGGAACGGAGUCAAACAUGUGGUUUCCAUAUGUGCGAUGUGUUUCAUACCGUUCCAUCAUUCCUUUUCAGCCAUUACAAUGAGCCAGUCCUCCUAUAGCUCCUCCCAUCAGCCUCCACUGCUGUAAUUGUAUUUUAUGCACAGGCUUCCAUGUAUGAAACGUUGGACUCACACACACAUUCUUCUUUAGGAGAGCAGUGGUAUCAUUCCGUGGUUUUUAACUCAUUUCCUUUGUAUAAUACUGUAACGCUAUCUCUAAGUGAAUGUAUUACCUACAUGCACUGAGUGUACAAAACAUUAUGAACACCUGCUCUUUCCAUGACAUAGACUGACAAGAUGAAUCCAGGUGAAAGCUGUGAUCCCUUAUUGAUGUCACUUGUUAAUCCACUUCAAUCAUUGUAGAUGAAGGGGAGGAGACAGGUUAAAGAAGUAUUUUUAAGCCUUGAGACAAUUGAGACAUGGAUUGUGUUUAUGUGCCAUUCAGAGGGUGAAUGGACAAGACAAAAGAUUUAAGUGCCUUUAAACUGGGUAUGGUAGUAGGUGCCAAUGCGUACCGGUUUGUGUUAAGAACUGCAAUGCGGCUGGGUUUUUCACGCUCAACAGUUUUCAAUGUAAGUAGUCCGGGGGGCCAUUUAAUUAACUGUUCAGAAGUCUUAUGGAUUGGGGGUAGAAGCUGUUAAAGAGCCUUUUUGUCCUAGACUUGGCGUUCUGGUACCACUUGCCGUGCGGUAGCAGAGAGAACAGUCUAUGAUUUGGGUGACUGGAGUCUUUGACAAUUUUUGGGCCUUCCAAUGACACAGCCUAGGUACUGGAUGUCAGGAAGUUUGGCCCCGGUUAUGUACUGGACCGUACGCACUACCCUCUGUAGCGCCUUACGGUCAGAUGCCAAGCAGUUGCCAUACCAGUUGGUGAUGCAACCGGUCACUUUUCGAGGAUCUGGGGACCAAUGACAAAUCUUUUCAGUCUCCUGAGGGGGAAAAGGUGCCGUCGUGCUCCUCUUCACAACUGUCUUGGUGUGUUUGGACCAUGAUAGCCUUUCAAAGCACCUCAUGGCUACGGACGUGAGUGCUACGGGUAAUAGUUUGCAAGCCAUGCCACAUAAGAAGAGCGUCAAGAGUUUUGAGGGAGCGUGCAAUUUGCAUGCUAACUGCAGGAAUGUUCACCAGAGUUGUUGCCAGAGAAUUGACUUAAUUUCUCUACCAUAAGCCGCCUCCAAUGUUGUUUUAGAGAAUUUGGCAGUAUGUCCAACUGACCUCACAACUGCAGACCACGUGUAUGGCGGUGUGUGGGCGAGCGGUUCCCCAUGGUGGCAGGAGGGUUAUGGUAUGGACAGCCCAAAAUCCUGAGGCCCAUUGUGUCAUUCAUCCGCCGCCAUCACCUCAUGUUUCAGCAUGAUAAUGCCCGGCCUCAUGUCGUAAGGAUCUGGAUACAAUUCCUGGAAGCUGAAAUGUCCCAGUUCUUCCACGGCCUGCAUACUCACCAGAAAUGUCACCCAUGUAUGACUGCGUGUUCCAGUUUCUGCCAAUAUACAGCAACUUCGCACAUUGAAGAGGAGUGGGAAAACAUUCUACAGGACACAUUCAACAGCCCGAUCAACUAAAUGCGAUGGAGAUGUGACAUGCUGCAGAAAGCAAAUGGUGGUCACACUCACACCAGAUACUGACUGCUUUUCUUAUCCACACCCCUAUCACCCCUACCCCUACCACACCCCUAUCAUAUCUGUAUUCCGAGUCAUGUGAAAUCCAUAGAUUAGGGCCUAAUUUAUUUAUUUCAAUUGACUGAUUUCCUUAUAUGAACUGUAACUCAGAAAAAUCUUUGAAACUGUUGCAUGUUGCGUUUAUUUUUGUUUUUAUAUUUUUGUUUAUAUUAACCCGGGUAUUUUUUUUUACAUGACAGACAUUAUCAAUCAAAUGUAUUUAUAAAGCCCUUACAUCAGCUGAUGUCACAAAGUGCUCUACAGAAACCCAGCCUAAAACCCCAAACAGCAUGCAAUGCAGGUGAAGAAGCAUGGUGGCAAGGAAAAGAGCCUAGGAAGAAACUUAGAGGAACCAGGUUAUGAGGGGUGGCCAGUCCUCUUUUUGGCUGUGCCGGGUGGAGAUUAUAACAGAACAUGGCCAAGAUGUUCAAAUGUUCAUAGAUGACCAGCAGGGUCAAAUAAUAAUAAUCACAGUGAUUGUCGAGGGUGCAACAGGUCAGCACUUCAGGAGUAAAUGUCAGUUGGCUUUUCAUAGCCGAUCAUUUAGAGUAUCUCUACCGCUCCUGCUGUCUCUAGAGAGAUGAAAACAGCAGGUCUGGGACAGGUAGCACGUCCGGUGAACAGGUCAGGGUUCCAAAGCCGCAGGCAGAACAGUUUAAAUUGGAGCAGCGGCACAACCAGGUGGACUGGGGACAGCAAGGAGUCAUCAGGCGAGGUAAUCCUGAGGCAUCGUCCUAGGGCUCAGGUCCUCUGUGUGUGUGCGAGUGCGAGAAUACUUAAAUUCACACAGGACACUGGAGAAGACAGAAAUACUCCAGAUGUAACAGACUAACCCUAGCCCCCUGACACAAACUACUGCAGCAUAAAUACUGGAUGCUAAGACAGGAGGGGUCAGGAGACACUGUGGCCCCGUUGGACGAUAUCCCUGGACAGGACCAAACAGGAAGGAUAUAACCCCACCCACUUUGCCAAAGCACAGCCCCCACAGCACUAGAGGGAUAUCUCCAACCACCAACUUACCAUCCUGAGACAAGCCCGAGUAUAGCCCACGAAGAUCUCCCCCACGGCACAACCCAGGGAGGGUGCAAACCCGGACUGGAAAAUCACGUCAGUGACGCAACCCACUCAAGUGACGCACCCCUCCUAGGGAUGGCAUGGAAGAGCACCAGUAAGCCAGUGACUCAGCCCCUGUAAUAGGGUUUGAGGCGGAGAAUCCAGGUUGAGAGAGGGGAACCAGCCAGGCAGAGAAAGCAAGGGUUGUUCGUUGCUCCAGUGCCUUUCCGUUCACACUCCUGGGCCAGACUGCACUCAAUCAUAGGUCCUACUGAAGAGAUGAGUCUUCAAUAAAGACAUUACCGUUGUUGAUAAGCCAUCUGUCAUCAGGCAGUAACUCGGGUCAAGCUAAUUUUAGGUUGUCACUUGUUACCACAGCCACAAAGUCAUGAAGCCAGUACCUCAAUUUCCCUUCUUAAAAUCAGAUUUAAUAUUUAACCCUAACCACACUGCUAACCUUAUGCCUAACCCUAAACCUUCAAUUAAGACCUAAAAGCACAUUUUUGUUUUCAUUAAUUUUUACAAGUGGACUAGAGGCAGGGCAUGAAAGGGAUAACGAAUCCAGUUGUUUGUGUCAUCCGUUUUGGGAAAAUACCUGCGCAAUUGCACACCCAGCUCACUCCGGUGCUUCACUUUAUCACAUUUGACAUUGUCCAUAAGGUUGAGUUCAUUUGCACACAACAGAAAUCAUACAAUGAUGGAAAGACAUGUGUGUUGUCCUUGUUAAUGCAGACAGAAAAGAGCUUCAACUUCUUAAUCAUAGCCUCAAUUUUGACCCGCACAUUGAAUAUAGUUGUGGAGAGUCCCUGUAAUCCUAGAUUCAGAUCAUUUAUGUGAGAAAAAACAUCACCCAGAUAGGCCAGUCGUGUGAGAAACGUGUCAUCAUUCAACCGGUCAGACAAGUGAGAAUUAUGGUCAGUAACAAAAACUUUAAGCUAGUCUAUCAAUUAAAAAAAAAACGUAUACUUUGCCCCUUGAUAACCUGCGCACUUCUUCUGUAUGUUGUAAAAAGCGUUACAUAGUCGCUGCCCAUAUCAUUGCAUAACGCAGAAAAUACACGAGAGUUCAGGGGCCUUGCUUGAACAAAGUCUAACUUUGUGGCACAGCGGUCUAAGGCACUGCGUCUCAGUGGUAGAGGUGUCAUUACAGACCCUGGUUCGAUUCGAGGCUGUAUCACAACCAGCCGUGAUUGGGUGUCCCAUAGGGCAGCACGCAAUUGGCCCAGCAUCGUCCGGGUUAUGGUUUGGCCGGGGUAGGCCGUCAUUGUAAAUAAGAAUUUGUUCUUAACUGGACUACCCUGGUUAAAUAAAGGUAAAACAAUUAAAAUAACCAGCAGUAUCUAGACAAUUCACAAACUUAUAUGAGCUAUGCCCUAACUUGUAAUGAGGUAGCUAUAUAGCUACGCUAAUGCUAAAACGUUAGCUAGCCUGCCUCACUUCAUCAAAAGUUAGCUACCUUGUGGUUACCAGAAAGGUCUUUCCAGUAUCACCCCACUGGUAGUUGCACACCUGAGCCCAUGUUGUCAACAAGGCAUCAUGGUGCAUCAUCCAGCAACAUACAACAUAUAUUUUCCAUAGUUGCGAAAAGUAGGGGUUCUGGGGGUACUACAGCUCACCUGAAAAAAAAAAAAAUCGGAAUACAUUUUUUAAAAAUAUUCAUGAAGGAACCAGUGGGAUGCUCGAGGGGGGUGUGGAGGAACGCCCCCAAUCAAGGGCUGCCGUUGCACACUAUUGUUUUCAAAGGGAUUAGUUGCUUUUUAGGGGCAGUUGCUCUUUAAUAAGGAUUAAGGCCUGCAGUCUGAACACGGCUUUUGUAUCUCUCAUUUACUCAAGUAUAUUUUGGUAGUUACCUAUAGUUUUUCCUGAUGGUCACAUGGUCAUGACUAUUGGAGAUAGUUGGCCCUUCGUUGAGAAAAAAGAUCUGACGUCAUACAUAUUGAGAAUUUGGAUGCCUGUGUAUACAGAGCAUGACAUGAGAUCUGUCUUUUGCAGACCUAUGUAGGGGAAGCAAUUAUUUGAUGACAGAGUCAAACGGUCCUCGGCUGUGGUUCACAGAAGCAGCACACGUACACAACGGUUGCAAAUGUCAAUAGCAGGAACCACGUUAGAAGAAAAUAUGAUUGGGUCGUUUCAAAUAAACAUUUGCCAGAACAAACAGUCACUCAAAUAGUGGCCGAAUAAAUUCAACCACACAACUACUCACAUUGUUUCAAGACCACGGACAGUAUAUGCUGUCAGAGAGAGAAAAAGUUGCGCUGUAUUCGAUGUUCUAUCUCAAGCAUGCAACAAUAAAAAAAUGCACAACACGAAAUGUCAUGCACCUAGUACUUCCGAUUGCAACGUCAUUACCUUUGUUUUUACCACACAAUCAGUGAUCUAAAGUUGAAGUAAUAUUUUACACAUUGUAUUCAAAAUGAUAUGAACGAGAUAGCAACAAAAAGCAAGCUGUAGAUUAAAACAAAAAGUCCCUUCAC